UAUGUGAAUUUUUUUUUUCUGGAUUUGGAUAAUGGUGCUUGGCAACACUGCAUAAACAUUUGGUCAGGUUAGAAUUUGGCAAUGGCUUUGGACAGUUGUGCUAUUAACGUUUGUCCCGCAAUUGCAGUUCGUUCUAGCAUUGGAGUGGAGGUAUGGUCUUGCGAAAGUACGAAUUUGCAAUAUGAGUAUAAACCAAAUCUUCCAAAAGAAGAUAGCAGGAACUGCCGAUCUAUAUCCUUUAGUUCGGAUGGUCGCUCUUUCGCUUAUUCAAAUGGGAAUGAAAUUAAAGUGAUAAACACUAAAGAUUGGACGAUUAAAUGCACGCUGCCACGACCAAAGGCCUUUUACCUCAAAUUCUCACCGCUUGGGAACUAUUUGUCGACAUGGGAAUUGUAUACUGUGACCAAAGAUAAACCAGAAGGUUCACCUAAUAUGUUUAUAUAUGAACUAAGUUCUGGUUUACAAAUGUUCGAUGUUGUGCAAAAGAAUCAAACUGACUGGGAACCGUCGUGGUCAUCUGACGAAUCACUUUUUGCCAUAGUUAUAGGCGGUGAAGCAUUAUUUUAUGAUGUAUCUGGUGAUAGUAAAAAUUUUAGUCAUUCUACUCGUAAAAUUGGUGGUAGUAGAGGUGCUGUAGUAUCCUUAUCUCCAGGAGCUUGUCCACCUUGUGUUGCGGUGUAUACACCUGGAUCAAAGGGAGGACCGUCAAUGUGCAAACUUUAUAAAUAUCCUUCACUCUCACCCAAUCAAGCUAUUGCAUGCAAAAGUUUUUUUCAAGCAGAUCGUGUUGAAUUGUUAUGGAAUAAACGUGGUUCUGGUGUAUUACUUUUGACGUCUACUGAAGUUGAUAAAAGUGGUGCAUCUUAUUAUGGAAAUCAAGCAUUGCAUUUUAUGGCUACGAAAGGGGACUCUUGCUCUGUACCAUUGUCAAAAGAAGGUCCUGUUCACUGCGUCAAAUGGAGUCCAAAAGCAACUGAAUUUGUUGUUGUUUAUGGUUUUAUGCCAUCCAAAGCAGCUCUGUAUAAUUUGAAAUGUGAUGUUGUCUUCGAUUUUGGGGAAGGUCCGCGAAAUUGCGCUUACUUUAAUCCAUUUGGAAAUCUUGUAGCUUUAGCAGGUUUUGGAAAUUUACCAGGGAACGUGGAAAUAUGGGAUAUAAAGAAAAAAGAAAAACUUACCGAUAUAAAAUGUCCUGAUACGACGUACUUCGAAUGGAGCCCAAACGGUGUAUAUUUUAUCACAGCAACGACAGCCCCAAGACUGCGGAUCGGAAAUGGAUUUAAAGUGUAUCACUAUUCUGGAUCAUUAGUACAUGAAACAAUUUGGCCGCAAGGACAAGAACUUCUAGGUAUUGAGUGGCAGAAAUUUCCUGAAAAUCAAUUUGCGGAACCAAUAAUAACUAAAGUGAAACCCGAAGGAAUAAAAUCAAGUUUACCAGAAGCCAGCAAAAAGGCCUAUACUCCUCCACAUCUUAGAAUGAUAAAAGAAGGAAAAGACCCGGAUAAAUUUUUGCCACGUUCACAAAUUAAUUCUAAUGCACAACCAGGUUUCCCUGUCGGUAGGAAAGGCGGAUUGAAAACAAAUGCUUCUAAAGCAAAUAGAAUAAAGAACAAGAAAGAUUUGGCCGUUGGAAAUGAUGCUGGACCUGCAACAAGUGGAGAAAAAAAUUUUAAGAACGGAGCGCCCUCGAACAAUGACGAAUUAAACCAACCACAUCGGAAGUUAAAAGUUACAAAGCAAACAAAUGACGAUAACAUUCAAGACGGCCAAAAACCUGUCAAUAAAAAGGUCAAUAAUCCUGAGAAAGAAAAGAAGAUUCGUCAUGUAGCUAAAAAAUUGUCUGACAUAAAAAAAUUGAAGUUACGACAGGAACAAGGGGAAACUCUUGAAUUAAAUCAGCUCAAUAAAAUUUCUAUGGAGGCAAAAUUCUUGGAAGAGUUGAAAUUUUUAAAGCUGACAACAUAAAUCUGUUUAAAACCGAGCACAUUUUUAUAACUGCCACAGGAUAUACAUAACCGGUCGAAUUCUUUCUAAAUUUCGUGCUUGCCGUAAAGUAUACUUUUAAGUUUGCAAAUAUGUAAAUGAAAAAAGCGAGAUUAAGAACUAAUCUUUAUUUUGUAUUUACUUUUUGUAUAAUAGUGUACAAAACAUAUUGUGUUUAAUCAAAAAUAAUAGAUUCAUCCAUAUACGUUGUAAACAGUUAUUAUUGACAAUAAAUUUAUGUUCGGUCGUCGGCUUAUUCUUUAAACUGUUUAA